GAAGGAUUUUGAAAUACGGAGGCUAUCAAGGAAUCGUUGGAUGACUUGGCUCCGUCCAUCGAGUCGGUGAAAGAGAAGGAGCAUGUGGCGGUGUCUCAGGUCGGUGCAACGCAACGCAAAGAGAUUCAGGAGGUGAUGGAUCGCCUCAGAGAGAACUGGCAAAGACUCAAUAGAGAAUAUGAAGAAAGGCAUGGUCAAUUCCAGCGAUGCUUCGACCAGUGGAGGCAGUUUCACUGUGAUAUGAGAGAUUUAGCAUCAUGGUUAUCGGAAGCAGAGAGGACCAUUCAGGAUAGCAAGAGAGCAGACGGGAGGCUUCACGUAGAGAAAGCAUGCAAUCAUCAACCGGUGCUGGAGGAUGGUAUUGCCACACACCAGGCUAUGGUAGCAUCUCUCAACUCCAACGGAGAGGAUAUCGUGGCCCAGUCUUCCUCUGUGGAUGGGGGUAUGCUGCAAGAGAAAUUAGAGGGACUCAACGCUCGCUGGAAAAGUGUCUGCGCUGAAGUGGCUUCUUGGAAAGAAAGGUUUGAGUUCAGUCCAGAGAAAGUUGAUGCCUUCAUGGAGGAUUGUAGCCGUCUUCAGCAAUGGCUUUCCGAAUGCCAGGCUUUGAUAAGACCACAGGCACAACCUGUUCCAGGGGAUGCUACUGCAUUUAAAGAACUCAUCCUCAAAAUAAAGGAGCGUGAAGAAGAAUUAGAGCAAAAGAAAGAUGAGAAACGGAGGACAGAGGAGAAUGUGCACAUUCUACUGACGGGAGGUACCAUUAGCCAGGAGAGGGGGAUCAGCAUCAAGAAAGAGACCGAAACGCUAUUUAAAUUAUGGGAGAAGGUCUCUGGCACGAUACCCAAGUACCGAGCUCAGCUGGAGGAGAAGCUGGAGAAGACGGAAGCGUUCCUCGAGGAGCUCCAGCAGAUGAGGGCGUGGGUUCAAGCCACGAUGGAUGUCCUUGAGACCCAGGGACCGGUGGGAUCGGCGACAUCCAAUGACGAACAAGACUCGGUUGUGGUCGAUCCAAAGACGAUGAACGAUGCCCUCAAAGCCCGGCAGGAGAACAUGGACAGCAUCAACCGUCUCAACACCCAGCUGACCGCGGAGGCUCAGGCCGCCAGUCGACAGCUUGCCGACCCUCUCCGGGGAGACGUGGAGAGGCUGAACGCAGACUGGGAGAGGAUAAGAUACCUUGCUGCUCACCUUCGACCCAGGUCAGAUGUCGAGCUGGAGAGGAAGGUGGUUAUACAGCAAAGAAUAGUCAUCAGCGAGCCAGUGGAUGCAGUCACCGCCGAGGUCCAGAGGUUGCCCGUCCCGCCCCCGGCCAUCGACGCCAACCGCCGUGACUCCUCCCCAUGGCCCGACAUCGACAAGGUCGUAGCGGAGCUCCGCGAUUGGCUGAUGCUACUUGAGAGGAUGUUGAGGUCGCAGGUCGUGACCGUAGGGGACCUGGAGGAAAUAGAGAACAUGAUUAUGAAACAGAAGGAUAUUUGGUCGACUGUCUUGCCGACAUUCUAUUCCUUGGAUGCUAACGAUCGGCAGCUCAUUGGAGGGCUAGUCGUAGAUAUAGUGAGCAUGUUAAUUGAACUCGAGUCUCACAUUCAAGACUUGGACAUCAAGCAUCCGCAAUUAAAGGAGCUUGUUGAAAGGGCCAAGUCGAUACAGGAGGAGACGGCCAACGAGGGCGACAAACGACUAUUACAGGAGAAAAUGGCAAGACUGCUAGAAUUAUGGGAAGGAGCCGAGAAGAGAGCUACCCAUCGCGCCGGUCAACUCGAGACGAUGAUGACCGACUCCCAACGCUUCCACCAGCUGACCCAAGAGCUCCUAACAUGGCUUAACAAGAUGGAAGGGACGCUGGAUAGAUACCCUCCGGUAGCCCAGGAGAUGCUGAUGCUACAUGCUCAGCUAGAAGCGCAAAAGGGGUUCCUUGAAGAAGUUGAGCAGUGGAAGCCCUGCCUUGAUGCAGUCAACGAAUCUGGUGACAGGUUAGCUGUGGAAUACAAGGAUGACGACAUCACCAAGAUCAAACAGGUUCUUGAUGGCGUCAACCAGAGAUGGGCUAAUAUAUGUCAGAGAUCAAAUGUGAGACUUGGCAAGAUAGAGGAAACGGUUCAAUCCAUGCAAGACAUUGACAGUCAGUUAGUGGAAUUCACAUCCUGGCUGGACAGCGUAGAGAGCCCUCUAGUGGCCUUGUAUAGCCAGACGGAGGACAAGGCGGCGAGGGAAGACAGAGAUAAAGUCAGGGUUUGGCUACAGCGGCAACAGGUAAGAAGUGGUGUGCAAUUUGUCUGUUUGAUAAUGUUGAUUGUUGUGCAGUUUGUUGUUGAGUAGGGGUAAAUUGCCAAUUCGUCUAUUGCCAACUCGUCCACUCAUCAUCACAUGGCCUACCUUCAUUUAGUCUA